CUCUAGUAGCCGCAUCAUCACUGCCGAUCUACGAGUCAGGACGGCACUGCAUGACACACCAAGCUUCUGACAAGCGUCUUUAUAGAUUAUAAAAGACAUCCGAGGUGCGUUAGGGAGGACAACGCACUUAGUGCCGCCAUAGGAGAAUGUCUGCAAGAGUCUGGUUCAUUACUGGUUCGUCGACGGGGUUCGGUCGUGCGACGACAGAGGUGGCGCUCCAGAAGGGAGACAUCGUGGUUGCGACCCUGCGCAAACCGGAGGUCCUCGCUGACCUCACCAAGCAAUAUGGCCCCGACAAGCUGCUCGUCGUCAAGCUCGACGUUACCCAGCCACAAGAUAUCAAGGAUGCUUUCGCCGCUGGGGUGAAGCAGUUCGGGCGCAUCGACGUCGUGCUCAACAACGCGGGGUACGGCCUCCUGGCCGAGGUGGAGGGCACGCCGGACGACGUUGCGCGCGCGCUCUUUGAGGUGAACUUCUGGGGCGCGGCGAACGUCACCAGGGAGGCCGUCCGUGUCUUCAGAGAGGUCAACAAGCCCGUUGGUGGACGCCUCUUGCAGAUGUCCUCCAUUGCGGGCAUUGGCUCCGCUACGACGCUGGGCUACUAUGGAGCCGCCAAGCACGCUUUAAAUGGCCUCACGAAGGCUUUGACGUCAGAGAUGUGUCCCGAGUGGAACAUCAAGAUGACAAUCGUCGAGCCUUCCGUCUUCCGCACACCGGCCAUCAUGCAGAACCGCGUCUAUACGCCUCUGCACCCUGCAUACACGAAUUCGCCCUCUGCGGCGUUGCGCAACAGCGUGACAGAGGAGUUCGUGCAGGCUGCUCCGGACCCUUCCGAAGCGGCUAGCAGGAUGUAUACCGUGUCGACGCUGCAGGACCCGCCGCUCCACCUUCCUCUGGGUAAAUUAUCGGUCAUGAUCAUAAAGGACACCCUUACCAAGACGCUUGCCGAUGUGAACAACUAUGCGAGUUGGUCCGACGACCUGUCAAUGUAAUACAACCAAGUGUCAGACCCGGCGUUACUCGUUCAGACGAGACCCCACUGCGUCCUGUUCUCUACCAAGCCUUAAGAGAGGCUGUGGGCUGGGUCAAGCGCACCUGUAUGCCGUGCAGUGGGCGUUCUGGACGUAUCUUCGAGAACGUCGCCAGAAGGUCAGAGGGAAUAGCGGAUGAGCUGGAUUUAUGAGGCACGUC